AUGGAGAGGAUUUCAACAACAACAUUGCUUCCUGAUACAUUUUAUGGAACGAGAGAUGAUAUAACAGAGCAAUUUGCGAUAAUGUGGGAACAAAUCAAAGCUCCAUUGAUUGUUCCUCUGCUCAGAAUUGCAGUGUUAUUGUGUCUUGCUAUGUCUGUUAUGUUGUUCAUUGAAAGAGUUUACAUGUUUAUUGUAAUUUCUCUUGUCAAACUCUUUGGUAGAAAACCAGAGAAACGUUACAAAUGGGAACCAAUAAAAGAUGAUGUUGAGCUUGGGAAUUCAUCUUAUCCUAUGGUUCUUGUUCAAAUACCUAUGUAUAAUGAAAAAGAGGUUUAUCAGCUAUCAAUUGGAGCUGCAUGUGGACUUUCAUGGCCUUCUGAUCGUAUUAUAGUACAAAUUCUUGAUGAUUCAACAGACCCCAUUACUAAGAAUUUGGUGGAAAUGGAAUGUCAAAGAUGGGCAAGCAAAGGAAUAAAUAUAAAAUAUGAAGUGAGAGAUAAUAGGAGUGGAUACAAAGCAGGAGCUUUAAAACAAGGGUUGAAACAUUCCUAUGUUAAACAAUGUGAUUUUGUUGCUAUAUUUGAUGCUGAUUUUCAACCUGAACCUGAUUUCCUUUGGCGUACAAUUCCAUUUUUAGUUCACAAUCCUGAACUUUCCCUUGUUCAAGCUCGUUGGAAAUAUGUAAAUGCUGAUGAAUGUCUAAUGACAAGAAUGCAAGAAAUGUCUUUGGACUACCAUUUCACUGUGGAGCAAGAAGUGGGCUCUGCUACCCAUGCUUUUUUCGGAUUUAAUGGGACUGCAGGUGUUUGGAGAAUUGCUGCAAUAGAUGAGGCUGGAGGUUGGAAAGACAGGACAACAGUUGAGGAUAUGGACCUUGCUGUCCGUGCUAGUCUCAAGGGCUGGAAAUUCUUGUACCUUAGUUCUCUCAUGGUAAAAAAUGAAUUACCAAGUACGUUCAAGGCCUAUCGUUAUCAACAACAUCGUUGGUCAUGUGGUCCAGCCAAUCUCUUCAGGAAGAUGUUUAUGGAGAUUGUAAGAAAUAAGAAAGUGUCGUUGUGGAAGAAGGUUCAUGUGAUUUAUAGCUUCUUCUUUGUGAGGAAGGUCGUAGCUCAUAUCGUUACUUUCGUAUUCUACGUUGUAGUAUUACCCGCCACUGUAUUAGUGCCUGAAGUUGAAGUUCCAAAGUGGGGAGCUGUUUACAUUCCUGCUAUCAUUACGCUGCUCAAUGCAGUUGGAACUCCAAGGUCACUCCAUUUGCUGGUAUUUUGGAUCCUUUUCGAGAAUGUCAUGUCACUCCACCGAACUAAGGCUACCUUCAUCGGCUUGUUGGAGGUAGGAAGAGUAAAUGAAUGGAUUGUCACUGAGAAAUUAGGAGAUGCUCUCAAGUUAAAAUCAGCUGCCAAAGCAUUUAGAAAACAUCGAAUGAGGCUUGGUGACAGGAUUCACUUGUUAGAGCUUGCUGCUGGCGCGUACCUCUUCUUCUGUGGAUGUUAUGACAUUGCCUUCGGAAAUAAUCACUAUUUCCUUUACCUCUUCAUUCAAGCAUUUGCUUUCUUCAUCGUGGGAUUUGGUUACGUUGGCACGUUCGUGCCAAACUCUUAGAUGGUGUUCGUGAACUGAUUUUAGGGUAUGAAUCUUGAGCUUUUCGCCCUGUGCUCCACUCUGUAGCACAAAAAGAAGUGGCGUUUUCAGUGGCGUUGCGCCUCUGCAGUUUAGUUCUCCUCUAUUUUCUUGUUUUUGGGUGUUUUUUGUUCACUUGUAAAAAGAAGAAAAGUUGGUUAUUCUUUUAGGUUCAAAGCAUAAAAGGAAUUCGAGUCGUAGCUCGAAUCUUAUUUGUUCUCUUUGUGUAUAUUCAAGAAAGUUAAGGGCUACAACAACAAUAACAAACUAAGUGUAAUAUCACAAGUGAGGUCUAGAGAGGGUAAUGUAUAUGCAGACGUUACUCAUACCUUGUGAAGAUAUAAAGGCAGUUUUCGAUAGAAAAAAGUUAAGGUCUAUACAGUAGAAUCAAGAAAGUAAAAGGGAUAAUGACUAGUGCUAAGAGGCACAAAGUAGUAGCUUAAUCUGUUGCUUUUUUUCUGUUUUUUCUUUCCUUCUCAGAUGUACUUGGUUUCAAUACAGAGUGAAAGUUUCAGAGA